UUUAUUUAACUCGACUUCUUUGAGCUUUGUAUUUUAGUUAAGUUCUAAGUUUCUUUGUUUAGUUUAAGAAUACUUUACUAGAAUCUGCAUCGCUCAAAUUUAUUUAAUAGAAUUGAUGUAUAGUGUAAAGAGGCUUUAUAUCUAUCUCUCUAUAUAUCUAUCUAUCACACAAGCAGACAAAAAAAUGUUUUAAUGGUACGUUCUUCUUUAUUUCAGUAUGGAUUUAAUAGAUAACAACAGUUCUGCUGAAGACGUCAAAACAUGUUUGAUCGACUGUGGAAUCCCAGAGAAUGAUGCUAAAAUAAUUGAAGAAAAUGGUGUUGAUGGAGAAAUAUUGUUCCAUCUUAAAGAUGAAGACUUAAAAAGUAUGCUACCAGGGAGAGUGGGGAUUGUCAGGAAAAUCAAAGUAUUACUGCAAGCAAGAAAGACACCUGAUUUGGAAAUUCAGGAAUUCUCAGUGCCAUCUGGCUCUAGUGAAGAAGAGGAAGCUGAAUGGCAUUUGUCAACUUCUAGUGCUGGAACUGAAUGUCCCCUUCCCAUAUACUCAACUAGAGUCCGAGGUUGGCUCAGUAAUAGUGUCGAUGCCUCCAAGCAUCUGGACAAAAUCAUAGAGGAGACUGCCUAUCAUAUCAUUGCACACAAGUAUAAUAUGAAAUCCAAGACACAAUAUGAAGUUUUUGGUAAAUCAUUAGUGGCUGAACAUCCUAACCUUGCGUUCAGUUCUGGAUCAUCAAAAUGGAGAGUUGUGACACAGAAGCUUUCCCAAAAGCUCAGAAACAUUAGAUGGAGGGAAAAUAAACGAAUCAAGAAAACUAGUAAGGGAGAUAAAAGAAAGCCGGGAAAUGGAGCUCGCUCUUAUAUAUGUCUUCCCAAAGAUAGUGAUAAUCACAAGUCCUUUGAGGAGAUUGAAGAAGAGUUGAAAGUUGCAGUGGUUGCUGAAGAUGGGCCAAGGAUUAAAAAACUGCUAAGAGACUCUUUUCAGGAAAGGCGAGAUGUCAUAAGAAAAUUGAAUGGGGGCGCAAAGGAAAUAUUAGAAAGGUUUCCUUUACUAAAGGAAAGUGGACAUGUAAUUGCAGAAUUUGAAAGAAUGGUAAACGAAAAUGAUUACUGUUCCAAAUAUUUGGAGUUUACAGUGAUAACAUUUCAUUCUUAUGACUCAUCCCACCAUUCCUCCAUACCAGAUUUACUUGAUCUUACAGGUUUAAUACUAGACGAUAACUUAUUGUUCAGCUCCCGAGGGGGCAUAGACACAAAAACCGCUUAUAACUCAAAUAGUUAUCUGGCAUCUGGCACUUUAGCAGCAUGUGUAAGUGACGCCUUUGCUGUAACCAUGAAGGGGCUUUAUUAA